UCUGCCUCUUCUGAAAGAAAGACCGUGAGUGGAGGUGGCGUGGCUGCUGGUUGGUGAUUACGGAGGAAAAUAUGGAGGAAACCCUGGCGCUUUUCACUUCCAUUGGGCUCAGCGAGCAAAAAGCGAAAGAAACGCUGAAAAAUGAAGCGCUUAGCUCUGCUCUGAAGACCGCAAUAUCCAAGGCGACAGUUGCCACUGGGUCUCCUGUAGUGGACAAAGCCAUGGGCACAUUAUUAUACAGUAUGGCAUCUCGAUUGAAAGACCUCAAACACCUGGAUUUCCUCUCUUACAACAUAGCUCAGCGCAAGAUCUGCACCGAGCUUCAGCUCGCAGCUGCGUUGGACUUCGUGAAGAGUCAUCCUCAGGACCCGCUAAACCAGAAGGAGUUUGAAGAAGCAUGCGGUGUGGGUGUGGUGAUAACACCAGAGCAAAUUGAAUCUGCUGUGGAGUCUUUGAUCAAGAAGCACAAGGAGCAGCUAGUAAAGGAGCGGUAUCACUUCAACAUGGGACUCCUCAUGGGUGAGGCGCGCUCUGCUCUGAAGUGGGCAGAUGGCAAGGCCAUAAAAAAUGAGGUGGACAUGCAGGUGUUGACCCUCUUGGGACCCAAGACAGAAGCUGACAUGGAAAAAAAAUCUAAGCCUCAAAAAGCAAAAGCAGCAGAAAAUGGGGUGAAGGUGAAGAAAGAAGAUGUGGCAGUGAAUGGUGAUGCCGCGCCUUCAGAGGCCAGGUCAUUGAUGGAGCAGUUACGAGGAGAAGCAAUUAAGUUCCACAAAACAGGUGAGAACUACAAAACUGAGGGUUAUGUAGUGACUCAGAACACCAUGGAGUUGCUAGCCAAACACUUGGCGAUCACAGGUGGACAGAUUCGCACCCGCUUCCCCCCUGAGCCUAAUGGCAUCCUUCACAUUGGACACGCCAAAGCUAUUAAUUUCAACUUUGGCUAUGCAAAGGCGAACAAUGGCAUUUGUUUCCUGAGAUAUGAUGACACAAAUCCGGAGAAGGAAGAAGAGAAAUACUUUACAGCCAUCAAGGACAUGGUGGAGUGGCUUGGUUACAAGCCUUAUGCAGUCACACAUGCCUCUGACAACUUCCAGAAACUCUACGAUCUUGCUCUAGAUCUGAUCCGCAGGGGUCAUGCAUAUGUGUGCCACCAGAAGGGGGAGGAAUUGAAGGGUCACAACGCCCCUCCAUCACCAUGGCGAGAUCGUCCCACAGAAGAGUCUCUGGUGCUGUUCCAGAGGAUGAAAAAGGGCAUGUUUGCUGAAGGAGAGGCCACCCUCAGGAUGAAGAUGGUCAUGGAAGACGGGAAGAUGGACCCUGUGGCGUAUCGAAUCAAAUACACGCCACAUCAUCGGACUGGAGAUGAAUGGUGCAUCUACCCCACUUACGACUACACCCACUGUCUGUGUGACUCUAUCGAAAAUAUCACACACUCACUGUGCACCAAAGAGUUUCAGGCCAGACGUUCUUCUUAUUAUUGGCUGUGCAACGCUCUGGACGUCUACUGCCCCGUUCAGUGGGAAUAUGGCCGCUUAAACCUCACCUACACCGUUGUGUCCAAGAGAAAAAUAAUCAAGCUGGUGGAGACUGGAGUUGUCAGGGACUGGGACGAUCCUCGCCUUUUCACUUUGACUGCACUCAGAAGAAGAGGUUUCCCACCUGAGUCCAUCAACAACUUCUGUGCUCGGGUGGGAGUCACAGUUUCUCAGACAACCACCGAGCCACAUCUGUUGGAGUCAUGUGUGAGGGAUGUUCUGAACGACAAAGCUCCUCGUGCCAUGGCCGUAUUGGAGCCGCUCAAGGUCACCAUAAAGAACCUCCCAGACAAAUCUGAAGUGCGAGUUCCAGACUUUCCAGCUGAUGAGUCCAAGGGCAGCCACACAGUCCCGCUCACAAGCACUGUCUUCAUCGAGCAAAGUGACUUCAGAGAGGUUAUGGAGAAGGGUUAUAAACGCCUGACCCCAGACCAGCCAGUGGGCCUGAGACAUGCUGGAUAUGUUAUCUCUGUGCAGAAGGUCGUCAAAGAUGCUCAGGGUAAGGUGGUGGAACUGGAGGUCACAUGCUCUAGCUCGGACUCUGCUGAAAGACCAAAGGCCUUCAUCCACUGGGUCAGCCAGCCUCUGACAUGUGAAGUCCGUCUUUAUGAGAGACUGUUUUUGCACAAGAACCCUGAGGAUCCAUCCGAGGUGCCUAACGGCUUCCUUAGUGACAUCAAUCCUAAUUCUCUGCAAGUCAUCGAGAGUGCCUUUGUGGACACGUCAGUCAGAGGAGCGAAGGCUUUUGACAAAUUUCAGUUUGAAAGAGUUGGCUACUUCUCCUUGGACCCUGACAGCACAGCAGAGAAGCUCGUCUUCAACAGAACUGUCACACUAAAGGAGGAUCCUGGGAAGGUUUAAGUCAAUAUUUUAGAUCAAGUCGUGCUUCCUGCUUCUCAUGAGCCCUCUGACACACGUCCCAAGUUUUUUAAUCAUUUAGUCACUGUAGACACAAUCAAGGAAGAUCUAAAAUUGGAACUGAUUCCAUACCAUUUUGGAUUUUUGGGGAAAAUUUGUUUGUUCCAAAAACAAAAUCUGUUUCAUCCAUCUUCCCUUCUUAUGCCAAGUUUCUUUCAAUAUCGAUGCUUAACUAAUUCUGUACAUCUGAUGAGUCACUGCCAAACAUUUUAAUCAUGCAUCUUGAAAGCAACAAACCCGAAGUAUUCAUGGCUUCUUGAUGAAGGACUGUGAGAACGACUUCAGCUGCCACGCUACCUCCUGAAUUGUUGCCUCGAAAAUCUUGUUUAAAUACCUACAGGUUGUAUAUGUUCAUUUUUGAGGAAACAAAAUAAAGGAAAA